AUGAGUUCAAGGCCCGGCAGGCCUCCUAAGCGUUCUUUGGGAGUGUUGCAGGAUAAUGCUCGCCUUCUGUCCCAUUCAGUCCCAGGCCUUUUAUCACCAGGAUUUAUCAGUCCGACAGGUAUAACAGCUGCAGCAAUGGCUGAGGCAAUGAAGCUGCAGAAGAUGAAGUUUAUGGCUAUGAACACACUUCAGGGAAAUGGAAGCCAAAAUGGGACCGAAUCAGAACCUGAUGAUCUUAAUUCAAAUACAGGUGGAAGUGAAUCUUCCUGGGAUAAAGAUAAGAUGCAGUCUCCUCUUGCUGCUCCUGGACCUCAACAUGGAAUUUCUCAUGCAGCCCUGGCUGGCCAGCCAAGCCUUGGGAGUGCUCCUACCCUCAAUCCACUGCAGCAGAACCACCUGCUGACCAACAGACUGGAUCUGCCAUUUAUGAUGAUGCCUCAUCCCCUACUUCCAGUCAGCUUACCUCCUGCAUCAGUUGCCAUGGCAAUGAAUCAGAUGAACCAUCUCAAUACUAUUGCCAACAUGGCUGCUGCAGCCCAGAUUCACAGUCCACUCUCCAGAGCAGGAGCCUCUGUUAUAAAGGAACGGAUUCCAGAGAGUCCUUCUCCUGCUCCCUCCCUGGAAGAGAGUCACCGCCCUGGAAGCCAGACCUCCUCCCACCCUAGCAGCAGUGUGUCCAGCUCUCCCUCUCAGAUGGAUCACCAUUCAGAGAGAAUGGUUAUGAUUCCCAACAAUAGAGAGGAACUCAUUGUUGAUCAGGAUAAUGGACCAACCAUCAAAAAAUUCCUAAGAGAUAAUAAAGAGGAGGUACCAGUUCAAAUUCCCAUAAUGAAGUCACCCUUGGACAAGAUCCAAUUGGCUCCUGGGCAGGCACUGCCUCCUGGAUUCCCUGGACCAUUCAUUUUUGCUGAUAGUCUGUCCUCCGUGGAGACUCUGUUGACCAACAUUCAGGGUCUGCUGAAAGUGGCUUUGGAUAAUGCUCAUAUUCAGGAGAAGCAGAUUCAACAAGAAAAAAAGGAACUGCGAAUGGAGCUCUAUAGAGAGAGAGAAGUUAGAGAAAACCUUGAAAGACAACUUGCAAUUGAACUUCAAAGCAGAACUACCAUGCAAAAGCGCCUGAAGAAGGAGAAAAAAGCCAAGAGAAAACUGCAGGAAGCCUUGGAAUUUGAAUCAAAGCACCGUGAGCAAGUGGAGCAAGCACUUAAACAAGCCACUACUAGUGACAGUGGCCUGAGAAUGUUGAAAGAUACUGGAAUUCCAGAUAUUGAAAUAGAGAACAGUGUGACUCCUCAUGACAGCACUGCUAUGCAAGCCUGAACACUGAUGCCGGAACUCCAACUGAUCAUAGGCAUGAAUAGGGUGCUGUAGCUGUUACCUGCUUAUCUAAUGUUGUAAUUCUUUAGAAUUCAUACUCAAAUACUUAAAAUACAAAACCUUCGAUAACUGUUUGUUCAUUAAAGUAGAACCCUGCACUUAUAGAAAAAAUGUGCUAGAGAAUGGGCUUCACAGAUUUUUAGAGGAUAAUUAUGAUGAUUGAACAUGAUACUUUACAUUUCUAAAAUCCCUUUCUUUCAUGGAGUUCUUAGUGCUUUGCAAACAUUAUCACAUUAAUCCACACAGCAUCCUAGUGGGGUAAGUAGGUGGAAGACUUUUUAAGACAGAGAAAAUGCUAUUUCUAAACGGUUUGACAGAAAUUUAAAUGCAGACACACCCACUUUAAGCCGUGAUUACUAUGAAAUAGCUUUAGAUUUGGCUGGCCUGGGAUUUAACAGGAAUUACGUAAGAAGGUAAUUCAUUUGUGUAAAUGAUCAAUAUUUGUUACCACUGCUUUGGCUCUUACCCUUCUAAAAGAAACAUGUUGCCUGUAGUGUUUUCUAAGGGAAUAUAGAGAGUUCUAGUUUGUAGAUUUUACCACACCUGGUUCUUUGAUCUGUUGGUGAUGGAGCAAAUCAUUUAAUCCCUUUCUACAAGCACAUUCCUUAUCUGUAAAGAGGCAAUGACAAAAACAUAUAACGGAGCUACUGAAAAUACCCCUUUUAUUCUUUUCUGUUCUCCUCCCACCUCCGGUCCUUCUUCCUCCUUAUUAAGCUAUUAAUAAGCAAACAGACUGAAAAGCAUGUAGACAUAAGAAAGGAGACAGGCAGAUAUGAUGGGUCAGUCACGUGGAUAUUUCCCACUGCUCACUCUCUGAUCUAGACAUGGCCAGAUGCCUAAGACGUUCCAGUGAUUAGAACCAAAUGGGUCACUUGCCUUAAACUGCCCAGAAAAUGACCUCAAAUAUUUUUAACCGUUUACUUAAUGGAUACCUGGCCAAAGGCUGGUGGCAAAUACCUGUCCUCAUUAUUUUAAUGCCUUCUAAAAUCUAACAGAGCAGUAUUCCAGUGUAUUAAAUGGUACUCUAGUAAUCGAAAUAAUUUAAUGCCCCCCCUAAAGAGCUCUCCUUACACCAAGUGAAAUCUAAUUCAUCAUGCUGUUUUUACAUCUGCCCUAGAAUUAAGUUCCGAUGUGACAGAAGCACCACGUGUCUUAUGCAAAAGGCCAACUGAAUGUUUAUCCAUUCUCCUAUAAUCAGGUCCCUGUGGCAGUACAAGCAAUUUCUGUUGGAAUGGCCACCUACCCUAUACAUUUUAAAGUAUUACAUUGGAUCCUAUCAAUGUGACAUUCCAGCUAUCCCAUGCUCUGAAGGAAUUUGUUCUAAAGCACAGAGGUUUGGCUUCUGGUGCUCUCUGCAGACUGUAGAAAGGUGUCUUGUGUAGAGCAGAUGUGCUGCUUUGACCUAAUUCAGUGAAAUAAUACCAAAUUAGAAAUAAGUCACACAGAAGGACUGAGGCAAAUAAAAAUUUAUAAAACUUAAAAAAAUGUUCUUAUUAUCAAAACCUGAAUUCAAUAACAAAGAGGUGUGACUAAAAAUAUUACAUGCAGAAAUGUCUCAUUAUUUGAUUGUUAAGUAGCAGAUAUUAAAGUAGAGGGAAAAUGAAACAGCAUUUUCAAAUUAAAUCACUUAAAAACAAACUAGUCUCUUUUUACAAAUAGAUAUAUUUAACUGACUUUGGUUGAACUGUAAGAAAUCCUCAUGUGUUUUCUUCUGAGCCUUUUCCCACAUAUCUGCCUUGGUUAUGGCACUUGGUUUUAGUUUUUUCCUUUCAUAAGCUUCAGAGACAUAUCACAGAAGGCAAGACACACUUAUUGGAGUUUGGAACAGCCAGGUGUGGCCCUUUAAAGAUAAUUCAACUGAUCAGCAGAGGCUUGUCACUAGGCUCCCGAGCCAUGGGGUAUGCCCAUGUCAGGCAGUGCUGUGCUAAGGGAAGGACUACAUGGGCCUUCGUUGUAAUUUUUUAAAUGGUCACAUUUGUGUAUAUUGAAUUCCCCCAUUUACUUACCUGACAAAUCGUAAAGCAAUAAAUUCUGUUAGCUCUCCCCAAAUGUCAGUGUGUGUCACUCUUUUUAAGUUCCCGAGCUCCCUAACAUUCCUCUGGCUACAGUUUGUUGGAUGUUCUUCCUGAUCUUUAAUCUUGUUUAUAUCCGGAAUGCAUAUUAGUUCAUCUCUGUUUGGAGCUCAAGUACAAACCCUCUUAAAAACAUGAAACAUUUAGUUACUAAUCAGCUGUUUCCUGUUCCUAAUGAAGUGAGCACGCCGAGUUUGGAUUAAAAUUCAGCUACUGCACUCCUCUGUUUAUGGUUCCAGAUGUUUUUGUUUUAUCUAGGAGUUUACUUUGACAGCUACUACUAAAUGAUAAAUCAUUCAUAUUAUAGCUGAAAUGCAUUUUGAAAUUGAAAUGUGGCAAACUUUGAGACUGCUCCACAGUGUCAGUUAGCAGGUGGAUAUUGGCUCCUCCCUUAUGAUCACUCAGUACUGGCAGAUGUAAAACAGUAACAGAAGCUGUUGUCAACAUUGUACAGCAUGCCACACAGACUCUAUUUUGCUACUAUGCUCUAAAUUAGGAAAAUAUGCCUUACUCCUAUGAAAUUUCAAUUUAUUGUAUUCUGGAUUUUAAAAAUUGAUUUAUUUUAAUACUGUCUUCUUGCUGGCUUAGUUUUUCUUUAGAUUUUUGAGCUGCCGCAGAAACAGUUCCUGAUAGGCCUUGUAAACCAGCAGAUUUAAUGAAGGGUGUGGGCAGAUACGUUUGUCUCUUUUUGUAAAGAAAAUAAUUAAACAUAAUAAAGGAGGGAGAUUUUUCAGAAACUGCAUUUUGCUAAAGGAUAAAUGGUGAUUGCUUUUUGCCCUUUGUUACUGUGUUUAUAUACUUUUUUAUAGUAUAUUAUUAUUUUGUUUUGACAUUGCUUUCAAGUUUAUAAUGUUCACAAUUUGUACUGCAUGAUUUAAGCUUUAGCUAUAUUGUAUAAAUUUCAAUCCUAGUAAAAUGACUGUUUGCCCUUUGAUGCUGAAGAGAUUUCUUUUGACAUUUAGGCUGUAUAUACAAGAGGAUGAGGUAGACUGGAAAACUGAGCAACUAUCCGGUGAAUUUUACCAGAAUAAAUAUUAUCAGAUGCCAUGAAAGAGUCUGAACAAUUUGCUGGGGUGACAGACUAAUUUGCUGGGGUGACAGGCUGCUAGACAAUUACCAAAAAGUCAAGUUUUGUUUUCUUCACUCCCUGGAAUAAAUUCAGGUGAAUCCACAGGCUCUUCAGUAAAAUCCCUGGUUGCCCUCUAGUGAAGUCUGACUCUCCACGUUAUCUGACUAACAAACCCAAAUUCCCUUAUUCUUCUAUUACUUUACCACAUCUUUAUUUUCAGUUUUGAGGUAUUAUCCAGUAAAUUCCACUGGCUUGUCACAAUACUUUCUACACAGAAAAAAAUCAAUAUUUUAAACGUUUUAUACACUAGGCUUAGAAAGGGUAUAUUUUCCUCCUGACAACGCUAAGCUUUGACUAGACCGAACUGAUAUUUGAGAUUAGGCUUAUCAGCCCAAAAAUGAUACCAUACUCUCCUUUAUAUGUGAAGAUGAUACAUUGGACGAACAUAGAAUUUAGGUAUUUCUUUAGCAUGGGUGAUGGAUUUGUACUGACCAUCCAUGCUUCUUUCCUGGUUCUUCUUUUGUGACCAAAGGCCAGUUUUUAUGAAGUAGCUGGAUAGAGACUCAGGCUGUAAGCCAUGACUAUGGCAAAGAGCAAUGUUAGACAAAAAGAGGUAGAGUCGUUUUUGAAAAUUGUUUCCAACUAUCAUUUUUACUCACACCAUCAGAUAUGGGUGAUACAGAUUCUUUUAAUUGCCAGCAUUUAAAUAGAUAUUGGUUUGAACAAACACUGUGGUUAAAAUACAUUCAGAACUAGUCUCCCUAGUGUCACAGUUUCAGGGUUAACCUGGGGAGAGGAAAUUUUAAAUGUACAAAGCUGUCCUCACCUUAGAUCAUAACCAGAUACUCUUUUAUCCCUGUUUUGGUAAACUGUAGGAAUCUCAAACAUACCAUUAUGUACAAAAGGAAAAGUUAAUGUAGAUAACCAUAGACACCAUAGUUUAUGAAAAGUCUUACCAGUCUUUGAUGUCUUCAGUGCUGUAGAAAGAACAGAAGCUGUAGCACAAAACUUGAAGGAUCUUUGAAAACUGACACUUUAACAUUUAGAAAUGUUAAGAAAUUUAAAUUUUUACUUAUACUAAAUCAAGCCUAUUACAAUAGAUAAUUUAGGUUCCUGAAGAUAGAAGUUUAGUAUUUUUAAGCACGUAUCAGAAUUAUUCCUCAGAACUAACUUGUUUUCUUUUUUUUAAAGGAGGUAACUUUUACUGUUUAGCAAUGGCACAACAGUUUUAUUCAGCCUGAAAGGUCCUCGCUGGCUUUACAUAAAUGAAGAUGCUUGUGAUUCCAGUUUAUCUCAGAAACUAUUCAACAUGGAGUUGUUUCAAUUGUGUUUAUCAACAAAGCUUUAUUUACUGAAGCAGCUAUUUAAUCUAUAUUAUGUUUAAAAGAAAAAGCAACAUGUGUACAUUUUAAAAGCAAUGAUGUAAACUUUGUCCUUGAGUUAGAUUGAUCAGUUUAAGAAUAUGAGCUAAAUCCUAAUGGCUAAAAUAAUUUGAUCAUGUUUGAUGCUUUUCUAUGCUCACUUCAGCUUGGCUUUUUUGUCUUUUAAGGGAAAACAAAAUGCAGUAGUGUGUUAGAGACUAGAAACAUAUGUAUGGUUUCUCUGUUCUACCAUAUAUUACGUUUAAG